AAGUUAAGAUGUUGCCGUUGCCACGCGUAUUAUUUUCGAAACUCUACUGCAUCUUCAUUUUCGUCGUCCUAGCAGCAAGAUGCAAGGCAGAUGACAUCCUUGGCUGUGGCGGCUUCAUAAAAAGCCAUGCCGAUAUUGACUUCAGUCAAAUUACCGUGAAAUUAUUAACUAAGAGUGGAAGUGUAAAAGAUCACACUGAGUGCGCUCCAAACACAGGCUACUAUUUUUUACCUGUGUAUGACAAAGGAGAAUAUAUCCUCAAACUAGAGCCACCAAGAGGUUGGAGUUUCGAGCCGAAUGAAGUUGCUCUCAAUAUCGAUGGUUCAAGCACAGAUUCAUGCAGUCAAGGAAAAGAUAUCAAUUUUAUAUUCAAAGGAUUUGGUAUUACUGGCAAAGUUGUUUCUUCAUCAUCUAAAGCUUCAACUGGAGUCAAAGGAAUAUCCGUUUUACUUUAUGAUCAAAGUAACAAGACACGCCUUGGAUCAACUGUCACUUCUGAAGGUGGCUCAUUUUCAUUCACUCCUGUUCAGCCUGGAAAAUACAUCCUUGUAACUAGUCAUCCAACAUGGGUAAUGGAAAAGCAUUCAACUAUUGUUACUGUUCGAGAAGGUAAUACUGAACUGAAGGAUGGAGAGCUCAGUGUGUUUGGUUUUGAUGUCAAUGGGCUUGUUACUACUACUGAUAAAGAGCCAGUGGCAAAUGUUACUUUGCUUUUGUAUACUGCUAACAAUGGUAGAGCAAGAGGUUGCUCUCCACACCCAGUGGAAGGAUUUGGUUUCAAAGCAUUUGACCACAUAGCAAAACCAAUAUGUUUUGUUAUAACUGAUAAUAAUGGAAGAUUCUAUUUCCCAGCACUAUCUCCAGGAGAGUACAUUGUUUAUCCAUUCUAUGCUAGUUUAAAAACAACUUUUGAAGUCAGCCCUUCAGAAUUGAAAUUUACAGUUGGUCACAACAGUUUAAUUCUGCAAGAAUUUAAAGUAACUGGAUUUACUAUUAGUGGAAAAGUUAUGGCAUCUGUAGAUCCUCCAAUUCCUCUUGUAAAAGCUAAAGUAUUUUUAUCAAAAAACUUGAUCGGUGUUACUGAUGACAAAGGAACUUUCAAAACUAAUGUUGAAACUAAACAGUAUGUGCUGUAUGCAGAAGCCAACGAUGUAAAAUUUGAGGAGAAAACUGUAAAAGUUUCUCCAAGUAAUCCUGAAUUACCAGUUUUGAUGCCAUCAGCCUACAAAAUUUUUGGCAAAGUUUCAUCAUCAACCAAAGCAAGCUUAAAAAAUCGAAAAGUUUUAAUAAAAAAUAUAUCUAGCAAUGAAAAUCUAGAAGUUGAAAUAAAUGCUAAUACUGGAGAAUGGGCUAUAUACUUAAAACCAGCUAAAUAUCAAUUAAAUGUGAUUGUUAGUGAUGAAGAGAAGGCAAAAGGCUUACAAUUCUUUCCACUCCAAAAAAUCGUUGACGUUACUUACACGCCAUUGAAGGAUAUUAACUUUUUACAGCUUAAAGCGACUUUAAAAGGUAACAUUGUUUGUUUACCAGACAAAGAUUCCAAGGGAGAAUGCAGUCAAACUCAAGUAACUUUGAAAAUGAUUGAUGGCGCUGUUGAAACUAAAACUGUUAAAACUAAAGAUGGCGAAUAUACAUUCGAAGACGUAUUACCUGGGCAAUACGAAGUCAUCGUGGAUACUGACAUUUUUUGUUGGGAUAGCUCAAGUUAUCAAAUAGUGAUUGCAUCUGAAAAACCACCCAAUGUGCCAGCAUUCAAACAGACAGGAUUUUCCGUUACCUUUAUUUCAUCUCAUGACACCAUAGUCGAGUAUUCAUUACCUAAUCAACCAAAAAAGAAAUUAUCGUUCCAACUUCAUAAAGAAAGCACCAGACAUUGCAUUGCGAUGUCGGGUAAAUACGAAUUCUAUCCAAAAGGUUGCCAUAAGUAUUCCAAAUCUUCAUUUGCAUGGAAUACUCAUGAAAGAACUCCUAUCAUUCUAUCUUCAACUGAACAUCUACAAAAUGGUUACAUUCUGAGUCCUGUAGCUGUAAAUGAUUUAACUGUUAGAAUUCAAGGAGUUAGCGAAGGAAAAUCACCUUUAGUUCAUAAAAACCUUAAAAAUGUUAAAGACGGAGACAAACAUAAAUAUGCAUUUACAUUUUAUACCGUCACUGGGGAAUCUUAUACUAUUUUUCCAACAUCGGAAACAUUAUUGUUCAAUCCAUCUUCUCUAAAAGUUGUUGGACCAGAUGACUGUAAAGAUAACACUGCUGUUUUUCAGGCAGAACAAGGAAAAGUUAUCAGUGGUUCUAUUAGUCCACCACUGGAAGGUAUUACGGUGAAAAUUUUUGGUUUGGACAAAGAGGAUCCAAUUCACACUCUAGUCACACAAAAGGAUGGAUUAUUCAAAGUUGGACCUCUUGAUGGGCGCAUUGAAUACAGUAUUACCGCUGUGAAGGAAGGUUUUGUUCUGACGCAAGACACUAAUGCAAAAGAUUAUAAGUUCCUUGCUCGAAAACUCGCUGAGAUCAAUGUCGAAGUCGUCGACACUGAUGGAUCUACUCUACAAGGAGUACUGUUAUCACUUUCUGGCGGUGGUGGAGGACCAAACAGCUACCGCAAGAACAUUAUGACUGGUGAAGAUGGCAAAUUGACCUUCAAUUCAUUAUCACCAAGCGAAUACUACCUUCGACCAACGAUGAAGGAAUACCGUUUUGAGCCAGCCUCGAAAAUGAUCCGCGUGGAAGAAGGCAAAAGUGUCUCUGUUAAACUGGUUGGCAGACGAGUAGCUUUCAGCGCUUAUGGCGUAGUCACUUGUUUAAACGGUGAACCUGAAAGUGGUCUGAUGGUGGAAGCUAAGGGUCAGGGGGAAUGUGCUCAUUUACAGGAAGAAACUAUUACUAAGGAAGAUGGAACUUGGCGUAUCCGAGGUCUAGAGCCUCAGUGCAUGUACGCUAUCAAACUGAAGCUGGAUGAAAAUGACCCAAACAGUCGUACAUUACGGGCAAUCCCCAGCUCCGUGGCGAUUCAAGUUACGCAAGACGUUUUCGACAUUAAACUAAUGGCAUUGCAACCAGUAUCUCGCACUGACGUAUCUGUCAAAGUGAUUUCCAGCCAACCAGAGAACUAUCGGACAUUGAAAGUUAAACUUUGUCGAGAAGAUUCACCGGACUCGCCAAUUCAUAUAGCAAAAAUCGACAGCCAGAUCAACACAAAAAUGAACAACGCCGGUUUCAUCCUUCAUUUCCCAUCCCUUCAAGCCGACGGCAAGAAAUAUUUCAUCCAGUUUGAAACGUCUCUAUCUCGAUCGACUCAUGAGUACAAAAUAACUCCUAUAUACUUCGAAGCAAAUUCAUCAUUCAAGUAUAUCGAACUUCGUUUCGAGGCAGAUCGCAAACACGAACAUGGUGAUGCUGGUCAAAUCACUUUCGUACCUCUCCCAUUUAUUCUCCUCGUUAUCUUUGCUUUCUUCAAACGCGAGUCACUAUCAAGUUGGCUGAAUACAACUAUGGAGAGAUGGUCGAGAAGAUCAUCAGGAAGUAGAAAUUCCCAAGCAGCUGCACAAAAUUUGAUGGCGGUAACUGAUCCUAGAGUCGACGAUAUAAUCGUUGAACAAAUAAAAAAUAUCAACAGCAAGAACGUUAAGAAGCUCAAGCCAAGGAAAGCAUAGUGGUAUGAGUUUUAGUGAGAGUAGAUUAACUAUACACAAGUGAAUUUAAGGUGUUUAAGUAAUAUGAAUCAUAUGGGAUAGAGAACUAUUUUGACGAUGAUUGGUAUGCAUAUAAUGUACUUUUGUUAAGUGUUUAUACUUUUGGAUGGAUAUAUAAUAUUAUGAGCAGUAUACAGUAGCUUUUACAUGAUUUCUUUUCUAUAAGAGCUUUUCUAAAAUAACAAAUAUAAUACUUAUUUGACGAGAUAAUAAAUGUCGUAAGGUUAUUAAUGAUGACUACUUAUUUUUUUUGUUAGUAUACCGUGAAAGUCUGAGCAAUCUUACCCUGAAAGACUGCAGGAUAUAUAUGACAUAUAACUGAAAGCGUUGUGAUAUAAAUAUUACAUUUAUACGUAGAAUCGCUUUUAUUAAUUAAAUUCGUGAAUCGACGAUUCGCGAAAAGUGACUAUUGUAAUAUUCAUAGAAAUCAAUCGCAUUAAAGCUAAAAUAAAUAAAAAUAAGUAAUAAAUAAAUUGAAGCUAAACAAGUUGGCUUAUGAAAGUCACUUGUUAGAUUUCUUAUAAUUAUAAAUUUUAUAUGUGUUCAAUCUAUUUUACACGGUAUGCACGUAAAUGUGUAGACUUAAAAUUAAUUUCUAA